AUGAACAGCAGCAGCAACUUGGAGACACGAUCCCUGCUUGAUGAGCUUAGUAGCUUUAAAAAAGAGGGACUCUUCAACCUUGGCCACCCUCUUUUCAAUCGCAUGGUUGAGUGCUUCGUCAAAUCUGCUGGGAUUGGAGCGAUUCAAUAUGUGUUCCGCGAGGCCUAUUUCUCAGCCGUUGAAGGAGAGAACAACUGCAAAUCCCUUGAGGCCAUGGUGAAGAAUACGGGGAUGGAGUCCCUUCAAUGGGGAUCUACUGCAGCACUAUAUUCAGGGCUCACAUAUUCGCUGAAGGAAGCUCGUGGAGUUCAAGAUUGGAAAAAUAUCGCAGUCGCGGGAGCCAUAACUGCGGCGACAAUUGCAGCUGCAGCAGAAAACCCAACUCCUGAACAUAUUGUGCAAUGUGCUAUCACUGGAGCCGCAAUCUCCACCGCUGCAAAUCUUCUAAAUGGAAUAUAA